UAGGGAUUGCCUCGAUCGAUCUCCGACAAACAUCACGGUGCGGUUCAGCUGAAAGCCAGACAGGAACAACGAAGAGUAAGGGUGGAUUUGGAUAUCGUCCUGGAAAUCGUGGAAAAUCUCAGCCAUCCGUGGAUCGUAAAUCAUGGCGGCCAACUCGAUCGGAAGCUUGGCCUUUGAUGAGUACGGGCGGCCCUUCCUCAUCCUCCGGGAUCAAGCCAAUCAAAAUCGAUUGACCGGCAAAGAUGCCGUGAAAAGUCACAUUAUGGCAGCACGUUCGAUUUCGUCCACGUUGCGCACCUCGUUAGGUCCCAAGGGUUUGGACAAGCUCAUGGUCAGUUCGGACAAUGACAUCACCAUCACGAACGACGGGGCCACCAUCCUGAAGAUGAUGGAUGUGGACCACGAGGUGGCCAAGCUGAUGGUUCAGUUAUCGCAGUCGCAGGAUGACGAGAUUGGGGACGGGACCACGGGCGUGGUGGUGCUCUGCGGGGCUUUGUUGGAGCAGGCCGAGGCCUUGAUCGAUCGGGGCAUCCACCCCAUUCGGAUCGCCGAUGGAUUCGAGUUGGCGGCCAAAUGUGCCGUGGACCAUUUAGAAUCCGUGGCCGAUCGCUUUGAGGUGGACCCCAAGAAUCCCGAGAACCUGAUCCAAACGGCCAUGACCACGCUGGGCUCGAAGAUCAUUAACAAGUGUCAUCGCCAGAUGGCCGAGAUUGCCGUGCACGCCAUUUUAUCGGUGGCCGACAUUGAGCGACGGGAUGUCAAUUUCGAGCUCAUUAAUGUCGAGGCCAAAGUGGGUGGGCGCAUGGAAGACUCCAUGUUGGUCAAGGGCGUCAUUGUGGACAAGGACUUUUCGCAUCCCCAAAUGCCCAAGCAACUGAAAGACGUCAAGUUGGCCAUUCUCACCUGUCCGUUUGAACCCCCCAAACCCAAGACCAAGCACAAGUUGGACGUGACCUCUGUUGAAGAUUAUCGACUGCUCCGGAAAUACGAAUUGGAGAAGUUCGACGAGAUGGUCAAACAGGUCAAAGACGCCGGAGCCACGCUGGCCAUUUGUCAGUGGGGCUUCGACGACGAAGCCAACCACUUGUUGCUUCAACGCGAUCUCCCCGCAGUACGAUGGGUGGGUGGACCCGAAAUCGAGUUGAUUGCUAUCGCCACAGGGGGUCGCAUUGUACCUCGGUUCCAAGAACUCACAGGCGACAAGCUCGGCAAGGCUGGUAUUGUCCGUGAGAUGACCUUCGGCACCACCAAGGACCGUAUGCUCGUCAUCGAGGAAUGCCAGAAUUCGAAGGCUGUCACCAUCUUCCUCCGCGGAGGCACUCAAAUGAUCAUCGAUGAGGCCAAGCGAAGCAUGCACGAUGCGUUGUGCGUGGUCCGAAAUCUGGUGCGCGACAGUCGGGUGGUUUAUGGUGGAGGAGCUUCCGAGAUCUCGUGUGCCUUGGCCGUUGGCAAGGAAGCCGAUAAGAUCAAGACCAUUGAGCAGUAUGCCUUCAGAGCGUUCUCAGAUGCCUUGGAAAUGAUUCCAAUGGCACUGGCCGAGAACUCGGGUUUGGACCCAAUCCGAACCAUCACCGAGAUCAAAGCACAGCAAGUGGCCGAGAAGAACCCUGCCUUGGGCGUGGAUUGCAUGGGAGCGGGCAGCAACGAUAUGAGAAAGGCGCAUGUGUUAGAGACACUCCACAGUAAGAAGUCUCAGAUUCUUUUGGCCACGCAGCUCGUGAAGAUGAUCUUGAAGAUCGACGAUAUUCGCUCGCCUGGAGAAAAUUAACGACACCGCCCACCCACCUAAUUUACUCUCACAUUAAUCUAAGCCACGCCUUUCCGCGUUGUUUUUUAUGAUCUAUUCAUUCUAUUCAUGCGCCUUCACUACCACUGUGACGAAACACAACAGAUCUAAAUCACGAGGAACUUUUCUAAUCGUAAUAAAUGCUCUUCAUGCUUUAUAACCAAAUAA